AUGUCGACUUCCAAUUUGGUGAUGCCCACUGUGGGCUCUCACCUGAUCCUCACGACGCCUGCACGCCACGUCCUUCAGAUGACGCUCAACAGACCCAAGCAGCUUAACGCAAUGACAGACGCCAUGGAGGAAGACAUCUGCCGCGUCUUUGACUGGUUCGAGACUGAGCCGUCGCUGUGGGUCAUCAUCCUCGCCGGCAAGGGGCGGGCCUUCUGCGCCGGUCAAGACCUCAAAGAUUGGCUCAGCAAGAACCAGACCUCGGACACCAUCCGACAUGCCACUGGCGAGCCCAUGCAGACCGAUGCUGAGGUCAACAAGAGCAUUCAGAGGCUCAAGCGGGGCGGCUUUGGAGGUAUGAGCACGCGCAGGAGCGCCAAGCCCAUCAUCGCCGCCGUUGACGGCAUCUGCAUGGGCGGCGGCACCGAGACCAUCCUCAACUGCGACAUGGUUGUAGCCAGCACCCGCUCCGUCAUCGGUCUGCCUGAAGUAGCAAGAGGCGUCGUGGCGGCGAUGGGCGGAAUCCCUCGACUCACGCAGCUUUGCGGUCAUCAACGCGCAUCCGAGCUGCUCCUCCUCGGCCACCCCAUCAGCGCUAAGGAAGCUCAUGAUCGAUACAACAUGGUCAACCGACUCGUCGAGGUGGCCAAGUCGACGUCCGAGGAGCUCGGCCAAGCAGCUGUGGAUCAGGCAGCUAUCGAGAUCGCCAUUGGACUCACACAGAACAGCCCGGACAGUGUGCUCGUCACCAAGUCGGCCCUCGUCAUGGCCCGAGACUCUACCGAUGGCGACAUUGAUGGAUCGGCACGAGACAACAUGCUUUCUGACAGAAGCCGAUUGCUCUAUGUUGGCAAGAACAUCAACGAAGGCUUGGAGGCGUUCAAAGGGAAACGCAGCCCCAAGUGGUUCAAUCCGGUCCCCUUGUCCGCACCUGGUAGUGAUCCGAGACCAAAGCUCUAG